AUGGGUGGCAUUUUUGGAGCUCUACUGCUUGCCCAGUUGUGUUUACAACCAGGCGCUGUGGAGGAUGGUUUGGCCGUGGUUCAUGGCAAGGGUGGCGCCAGGCGCCCAAAAGGGGCGUUGGCGUUGUCCAAGGACAUUGAACGACGUGUAGUGGAGGCAGGUGGCAACACGCAAGGCGUGAUGGUAGCAUCCCUGUCCUGGCAAUCGGCCGAUGACCUGGAUUUGCACGUGUUGCUACCAGGUGGGCAGGAGAUCAGUUAUAAGCAGAAGAAGCUGGGAUCCAUCGAACUGGACGUUGACAUGUGCGUGCAGGGAAGACAUAGCAGCAAAUGCACAGAUCGCCCGGUGGAGAACAUCGUUUUCGAUGAUGAGCCGGCGGAAGGGCGCUACAAGAUCUUUGUGCAGAAUUUCAACUACCAUUUGAACACCUUGCCCGAAAAUAUGCAAGUGGCAAGAAUGCAGGAAGGCGUGAAAACUUCCAAAGAGGAGAGGGAACUCCGUUUGAGUCAGAACCGACCCGUCUUGUUCGACUUGCUGUUGAAGGUGCAUGGUGAGAAGAAAUUGUUUCAGGGAUUGUGCACGCCUACUGGGAAGACCUUGGCAUCCAGCGACGUUUUGGUCAUGGAGUUUGAUUACGACCCCAGUCAGGAGCGUAUCACGCCCAUCUUCGAAGCAACUGCAGCUCCGGAAUGCACCACGUAUGCGGAGAAGCUGCUGCUUGCAGGCCCUGAGGCACGUGCUUUGCCUCGCCCCGACGCUCGUCCAGCCGCCGUUCCAAAAGCUGCCGGAGCAACGCGGCCAAAACGCUCAGCAUCGUCCAAGAGCGGCAAAGGCAGCAAAGGUGCCGACGCGAAACAUGCGGCCUUACAGGCGAUUCGAGGCUCCACCCGUGAAGCACUGGCAACGAAACCGGUGUCUGCCUUGCGCGCCUUGCUGGUGGACCUGGGGACGUCCUGUAAGGGCUGCACCGAGAAAAGCGACUUCGUCGAACGCUUGUUGGCACCUCAAUGA